AUGAAGCUGCAGGAGGCCCCGCGGCUGGCCUCGGACAUCCGAGUUUUUGCCAGUAGUUGCACGCUGCAUGGGCUGGGCCACGUCUUCGGCCCAGGGGGCCUAACUCCACGUCGGGGACUGUGGGCCGUGGCCGUGCUCCUGUCGCUGGGUGCCUUCCUCUACCAGGUGGCUGAGAGGGUGCGCUACUACGGGGAGUUCCACCAUGAGACAGCCUUGGACGAGCGUGAAAGCCCCUGGCUCAUCUUCCCGGCCGUCACCCUGUGCAACAUCAACCCGCUGCGUCGCUCGCGCCUGACGCCCAACGACCUGCACUGGGCCGGGCCCACGCUCUUGGGCCUGAAUCCCGCGGAGCAUGCCGCAUACCUGCGCGCCCUGGGCCGGCCACCGGCACCACCGGGCUUCAUGCCCAGUCCCACCUUCGACAUGGCGCAGCUCUACGCCCGGGCUGGGCACUCCCUUGAAGACAUGCUGCUGGACUGCCGCUAUCGCGGCCAGCCAUGUGGGCCUGCAAACUUCACCUUGAUCUUCACUCGGAUGGGUCAGUGCUACACCUUUAAUUCUGGUGCGGACGGGGCCGAGCUUCUCACCACUCCCAAGGGUGGGGCAGGCAACGGGCUGGAGAUAAUGCUGGAUGUGCAGCAGGAUGAGUAUCUACCCGUGUGGAGGGACAAGGAGGACACUCCGUUUGAGGCCGGAAUUCGAGCGCAGAUCCACAGCCAGGAGGAGCCGCCCAUCAUCGACCAGCUGGGCUUUGGGGCGGCCCCUGGUUACCAGACCUUCGUGUCCUGCCAGCAGCAGCAACUGAGUUUCUUGCCACGGCCCUGGGGCGACUGCAGUUCUGUAUCUCUGGAUCCCGACUUUGACUCUCCCUAUAGCCUAAUGGGCUGCCGCCUGGCCUGCGAGACCCGCUACGUGGCUCGGAAGUGCGGCUGCCGAAUGAUGCACAUGCCUGGAGGCGCGCCAGUGUGCAGCCCCCAACAGUUCAAGGACUGUGCCAACCCGGCCCUGGACGCCAUGCUGCGGAAGGACGCGUGCGCCUGCCCCAGCCCGUGCACCAGCACGCGCUACGCCAAGGAGCUCUCCAUGGUGCGGAUCCCGAGCCGCGCCUCCGCCCGCUACCUGGCCCGAAAAUACAACCGCAGCGAGAAGUACAUCGCGGAGAACGUGCUGGUGCUGGACAUCUUCUUUGAGGCCCUCGACUACCAGACAGUGGAGCAGAAGGCAGCCUAUGAAGUGUCGGAGCUGCUGGGCGACAUUGGGGGCCAGAUGGGGCUGUUUAUCGGCGCCAGCCUGCUCACCAUCCUUGAGAUCCUAGACUACCUCUGUGAGGUGAUCCAAGACAGGGUCCUGCAGUAUUUCCGGAACCGAAGCCGCUCCCAGAGGCACUCCAGCACCAAUCUGCUUCAGGAAGGGCUGGGCAGCCAUCAAACCCAAGUUCCCCAACUCAACUUGGGCCCCAGGCCUCCCACCCCUCCCUGUGCUGUCACCAAGACUCUCUCUGCUUCCCACCGCACCUGCUACCUCGUCACGCGGCUUUAGGGCUGCCGUCUACAUCUCCAGGGCCCCGCCUUGACAUCCUGAAUGUGCCCAGCUUGCACCUGUCCUUGCCAUCUUCACCACAAAUAAAGCUUUAAUGCAUCA